CUAAAUAAAAUUAAAAUUGAAAACUCUUUGUUUGACUUCACCAGAGAACGACUGAAAAGAGCAGCAUCCAUUACGGUCAUCCUACGUUUCCUAUAGCAAAAUGUUUCAGGCUGUACCAAUUUCAAACCAAGACUAUAUAUCCCCUUUAAAUAACCUUCACCAAAUCACCAACCAAAACCAAGUAUCAUGGCCGUGAACGGAGGAGCCCAUCAAGACUACAAUCGUUUGGAUGAGGUGAAACAAUUCGAUGAUUCUAAAAUCGGAGUUAAGGGCUUGGUUGACUCCGGCCUCACCUCCCUCCCCCGCAUGUUUAUCCACCCAAAGGGAGCACUUUCCGAUCUCAAAUCCGUUGCAAGAACCGAAUCCCAAGUCAUUCCAACCAUUGACCUUUCAGGCGUUGAUUCCGACAGGAGGCCGGCAAUUGUGGAGCAGGUUUCGAAUGCAUGUCGGAAACUUGGGUUUUUUCAGAUCAUGAAUCAUGGGUUGCCGUUGGACGUUAUGAACCGGACGAUUGCUGCAGUUAAGGGGUUUCAUGAGCUGCCGACGGAGGUCAAGAAGCAGUGGUAUCGGAGGGGGAUUAAUACCGGAGUAGCCUUCUUUUCCAACGUUGACUUGUAUAAAGCUAAAGCUGCUAGCUGGAGGGAUACAAUUCAGGUGAAGUUGGGUCCUGCGCCAGCUGAGGCUGAGGAGAUCCCUGAGAUGUGUAGGAAUGAGAUAGUCGAGUGGAUUCAACAGGCUUCACAGCUCGCAGAGAUCUUGAUGGAGUUGCUGUGUGAAGGGUUGGGAUUGAACGUGGGAAGAUUGAAGGAAAUGACAUGUUUGGAAUCCAAGGUACUUUUGGGUCAUUAUUAUCCACACUGCCCUCAGCCUGAUCUCACCUUUGGAAUUCCAUCGCAUACCGAUCCUGGGGUUUUGACACUACUGCUUCAGGACCAUAUUGGAGGCUUACAGGUUAAGCAUGGUGUGGAAUGGGUUGAAGUUAAACCUAUUCCUGGAGCUCUUGUAGUUAACAUUGGGGAUAUAUUUCAGAUUCUGUCCAAUGAUGAAUACAAAAGCGUAGAUCAUAGAGUGUUGGCUAAUCCUUCACCCGGUCCUCGAGUUUCCGUCGCUAUUUUCUUCACUGCUGGUAACAGAGACCGUUUGUAUGGUCCCAUUCCAGAACUAGUAUCACCGGAAAAACCAGCCCUUUACCGGCAGUUUAUGCUCGAUGAUUACAUGACAAGGUUCUUCACAAAAGAUUUGGCAGACAAGACCUUGACAGAUUACUAUAGGACUUAAGUGGAGGAAAAAACAAGAUAGAAAAAUAGUACUUACGUGUUUAUGUUCUGUAAACAGACUGCUUAAAUAAAGUGCGUCAAUUUAGUUGCGUUCAA